AAAGUCCUCUCUGCCUCUCACACAGACACAGUCAGUACUCUCAGAGUCUGUUUAAAUGUGGACGUCUUCCUCUCAGACUAACCUGUGCAGUGACUUUCUCUGUCUACCAGGCCACCAUGCUUCCCCGUACCCUAUCCUUCCUCCUGCUCUUCAUCUGCCUCUCCUCUGGGAUGUCUGCUUCUCUGGUCAGGAGGACAACCCGUGAAGAGGAUGGCCCUCCUGCUGUUCCAACCACGUUCAGGGUUGACACCUCUGCUGUUGUAGGUGUUCCGUCGGAGGUUGAUACCGUGCCGGCAGGUGGCCCGGUCGUUGAUGAUAUUCCUUCAGCUGAGGCUGUAGCAGAAGCCCUGGUGACACAUGAGCCUGUUGCAGAUGUCGCUGUAGCUGACGAGGUUGUAGCCGAGGAGCCGGUUGAGGACAUCCCAGUUGCUGAACGAGAUGCCCCGUUAGACGCCCUUAUCAUGAGAAAAGAAGAAAAAGCAGCCCUGAUAACAGAAGCAACGAUUAAAGAGUUGUCUGCCCAGGUGGAGAAGGAAGACCUCGCUGAAGAGACAGCGAUUCAAGACGCCAUCUUGAAAGAGUUGGCUGACCAGGAUACCCUUGGGAAGGCAGUGGAGGAGCCCAUUGAAGAGGCAGCAGAGGCAGAUGCUCCAGUGGAGGAUCCAGCCAGCUCUGUGAUACCUGUCUUCGAAGCCCAGGAAGAGGACUCUGGAUGGGGUUUGGCUUCCGUCAGAGAGAGCCUCCAGGCAGCCAACGGAUACUUUGACUCUCUUGUGGAACUGAUGGGGGGACGCAAUGGAGUGUGUCAGUACAAAUGUAAAUACGGUAAAACACCUGUGCAUCGCUAUGGAUACGUGACCCCAGAGCCCAACGGUUGCAGCUCCAACCUCCUAGGAUUCCAGGUACCUGACGGUUUUGACAUUGGCAUCCCAGCCAUGACUCAGUGCUGUAACCAGCUGGACAGUUGUUACGACACCUGUGGCUCCAACAAGUACCGCUGUGACUCCAAGUACCGCUGGUGUCUCCACGCUAUCUGCUCUGACCUGAAGAAAAGCUUGGGGUUCGUGUCAAAGGUCAAAGCCUGUGAGUCUGUAGCAGAUGCUCUGUACAACACAGUGUGGACGCUGGGCUGCAGAUCCUUCAUGAACAGCCAGAGGGAAGCAUGUUACUGUGAGGGUGAGGAGAGGGACGAGCUGUAGAGAAGCCCAGCUGGGACACAACACAACACUACUCAACACGAGAGAAAACUGGGAGGAGAGGGACGAGCUAUAGUGGACAUACAGGACAAUAUCCUCUUGCAAGGAUCAUCAAUGGAAAGGGUGCUUGGAACUCGACGUGGAUUCAUACAGUGGGACUUCACUCCGCACAAAUGAGAAUGUUACUUUAUUAUUAACAUAGAAAAUAUAAUAAUUUUCUAUGACAACAUGAAAACAGACAGAGGCUUUACGCUUGAUGAGGAAAUCCCUAACAAGACUUUAUGACUUUAUGACCUAUGAGUUAAUAAUGGUUAUUAUGUAGAAUAAAAUACUAACAUUACGUCGUGUCACACUGUCUUUAUCUAACUUCUACCUAUUUCUGAAACUGACAGCGGAUAAAUACUCAGAUAUUUAUAUUUCAAAUAUAUUUUCAGGGUAAAGACUAUGACUCCAUUAACAUAUUAUUGUGUUAUUAUUUUAUUAACAUACCUCAAACCCCAAAAAAUCCUGAUACAGAGAAGACCUUUCAGUCAGUAUCAAAUCCCACAUAAGAAUACAAAUGUACCUGCUAACGGGGCGAUUUGAUGUGCACAUUGUACGAAAACAAGCCGGCGUCCCAAACGGCAACCUAUUCCCUACAAAGCGCACACUACUUUUGACCACGGCCCAUGAGGCUCUGGUCGAAAGUAGUGCACUUUGUAGGGAAUAUGGUGUCAUUUGGGACGCACAACCCCCAAAAUAACCUGGUCUAACACAACACAAACAUCAGUUAGUUGGACCUGUGCUGUUACUGACAGGCUACUUCUACAGCGCAGAAAUACGUGUGUUAUGUUGUGAUGUAUGUUAUUAUGUGUGUUGUGAUGUGUGUUGUGAUGUGUGUUAUUAUGCGUGUUGCUGUCCAUUGACUGAUGGGGAUAUCAGGCUUUUUUGUUACUUUUCUAUGAAUAAAUGAAUAACUAAUUAUACCA